CAUGCACAUACACGGCAGCUCAGGUACAGAUUUCGCCGGUUAGAUAGGUAGAGAUCGAAUUCUUUGCGCGAAGAUGGGGAGAGAAGACCAAAUAGAAGAGCGCACAGUGGUUCUGGAAUCCAUCUUCCCGGACGAAAUCACAGACAUAUCCGAUACUGAAUAUCGGAUAUCUAUCAAGCUUGACCUCCCAGACGAAGACGGCGACGAAGCAUCGGAACCCCCCACCCUCAUCCUAUAUGUGCGCUAUCCCGAGAACUAUCCGGACGAGGCCCCUAUCCUCGACCUCUCGCCGCCCCAAAAUGCCGCCUCCCAUCCACACUUCUCAGUUGCUGCAGAAAAGGAGUCGCUACUAAAAGGGCUCGAAGACACCAUCCAAGACAACUUGGGCAUACCCAUGAUAUUCACCCUCGUGAACACGCUAAAGGAAGAGGCCGAGCAACUGAUCGCGGAUCGUAAGGAGGCGGCUGUCAAGGAGCACGAGGAGGCGAUGUUAGCAGCAGAGCGUGAAGAAAAUAAGAAAUUCCACGGCACGCAGGUAACUCCUGAGACUUUUAUGAAGUGGCGCGAGGGAUUCAUCAAGGAGAUGGAGGAGAAAGCGCAGAGAGAAGAAGACGAGAGGUUGGCUGAUUUAAAGAAAGCCAAGGUCAAGGAACCGGUCAAGUUGACAGGAAGACAACUAUGGGAACGUGGAUUGGUUGGUAAAGGCGACGAAGGCGAGGACGAUGAAGAUAUCCCUUCUGAAAAAGUUGAGGGCCUCAAGAUUGCGGCUUGAUGGCAUUCGACAGCUCUUUUACUCGGCGGGUUUAAAAGAUGGCCAGAACUGCCGACUCGAAGACCUCCAUAGCAUAGCAUUCGAUAUCUUGAAUUCGUGGUCAAGUAUUGGCUCGGAGUUCUGGCGCAAAGAAGGAAAAUCUUUAGUGA